AUGAAUUAUACGAGCAUGUGUCGUCAAUGUCAUGCGCCUUAGCGUGCGUUCGCGAAAAAGCGCUUUCCGCUAUCAAACCGCGGGUGUCGACCACGUGAUUUUGACAGUCGAUGUAAAAAGCCGGUCUAAAUAAUGCAGUACGCUUGAAGCGGUGAAAGUGUUUUUAUUUCUGAUGAGAUAAAUAAUUAGCCGGCGAUGUUUUGAACGAUGACCGUUUAGAUCAAAGGAUUCAGAUCAAAGGUGACACUUAAAUAUUACGAUAUCUCUACGCACAAUAUGGAGUGUCUUCGACUAAAUUUAUCUUCGAGACAUGGAUUAAAUUUUGGGUACAUCUGGCUGAUCAUUGUAUUGUCUACUACGAUAUGUUCAGCCAACGACGGCAUCUUUGGAUCAAAAUAUCCGAACGAUAUUCCGGAAUACGACUUGCUGCACGCUAUUGGGGUUCCAUUCAGUAACCCGAAGACUCAGUAUUUCGACGAAGGCCUUGAUGGGUUCCCUGCGUAUGGCCUCAAACCGGGCUCCGAUAUUAAAUCACCGUACAGGCUUUUCAUGCCCGAGAAACUGUAUGCGGAAUUUUCAAUAACCGCUACCGUCCGACCUGCAAACAAAGAUGGUGGAUUUCUCUUCUCCGUAGUAAACCCUUUGGAAACUGUCGUUCAAUUAGGCGUCCAAUUAAUACCUUCUGGCCCGGGACUGACAAAUAUCUCUCUUCUAUAUACGGAUGCUAAUAUUUACGCUUUGAGUCAGACUAUUGCUUCGUUUGUAGUCCCGUCGUUCGCUAAAAAAUGGAGCCGUUUCGCGCUAAAGGUGACGACACACAAUGUGACGUUGUUCCUGAAUUGUCAAGAGUUUGAUACUUUGAUGGUUAAGAGAAAUCCACUCGAGCUUGUAUUUGAUUCCGCCUCUACGCUAUACGUGGGGCAAGCGGGGCCACUAAUAAGAGGUGCAUUCCACGGUGCGUUUCAAGAACUGAAGCUUUAUGGAUCUCCGUCUCAAGCUGAGGUGCAAUGCGUUAAUACGUUUGAGGAAAUAGACAGAAGCAGUGAGGGCGACGAGAUAGAUAUUGACAAUUUCUUGGUGGACCAAGAAGAAGGCGAUGCGGAGGGCUCUGGUCGUUAUGGCACCAUACCACCAUUUCCGCCACCUCCGCCCGGCUUAGAUGGAUAUCCGCUACGGCUUCGUGGAGAAAAAGGAGACCGAGGACCAAGGGGACCCCCAGGGGAGUCAAUACGUGGACCACCUGGGCCACCAGGACCGCCCGGUCCUCCAGGACAACCGGGAACUGCAGCGGCAACGGAAAUGUCCGGCUCUGGCGAUGAUCAAAUAUUUGGUGAAAACUACGCAUCCCUCGGUCAGUGCGGUUGCAAUUCGAGCGUUUUGUUAGCACUCCUUGAGACUGCUCCAGAACUGCAGGGUCCUCCUGGACCACCUGGCAUGGUUGGAGCUGAUGGGCGAACUGGUGCACCCGGAAUCGCUGGCCAACCAGGUAUGCCUGGUGAGAGAGGACCUAUGGGAUUACGUGGGGAAAAGGGUGAUCGAGGUGACGACGGCCAACGAGGCCCUGAAGGGCAACCAGGUUCAAAAGGUGAGCCUGGUGUAGACGGACGACCAGGUAUCCCAGGCCCAGCUGGUCCCCCAGGUCCACCUAGAUCAUCUGACUAUAGUAAUUUCGACUCAAAUUGGAAGCCUAGACAAAUAUAUAAGGAGUCGCUGUUUGGAUCUCAUGAUAGUGCUAUUGGUAGACCUGGUGCACCAGGACCAAAAGGAGAUUCUGGUCAGCCAGGGCCAAUCGGUCUUCAGGGUGAACGAGGAUUCCCUGGUCAAAAAGGAGAAAGAGGUCAAAUAGGGCAAACGGGAUCCAAAGGAGAUCGUGGUCACCCUGGAUCGAAAGGUGAUCGUGGGUUAAAAGGUGAUCGAGGUGGCCCCGGAUUUGACGGACGUCCUGGCCUUCCAGGUGCCAAUGGAAGAGGAGGAGAAAAGGGAGAAAAAGGGGAGCGUGGAUCACCGGGACCACCUGGCCCACCAACAUUGCCAACGGGAUUAAUUGCUUCAGAAGAAUCAGAAUUUCUUACAUCUGGGCAACGACAAAUAGCUAGAGGUGACAAGGGUGAAAAGGGAGAAAAGGGAAGCCGAGGCAAUGAUGGAACUCCAGGUUUUCCGGGCAAAGAUGGAAAAUCCGGUGAAAGAGGUGAUAUUGGACCAUCUGGAAUGCCUGGUAUUGCUGGGCCGCCUGGAUCACCAGGGCUUAAAGGUGAAAGAGGUGAACGAGGGCCACCGGGUCCAGUUAGCAUAACAUCUGCUACAGGUUCAGAAAUCUUUACUCUCAAGGGUGAUAAAGGGGAUGCUGGCUUACGAGGUAGAAGAGGAAGACCCGGUCCACCCGGUCCAAGAGGUCCCCAAGGAUUCCAAGGCAUACCCGGACCACCGGGCAAACUUGGAGAAAAAGGAGAAAUUGGCUUACCUGGAUGGAUGGGACGUCCAGGUACAUUGGGACCUCCUGGAGUGCCUGGACCUGUGGGACCUAAAGGAGAGAAGGGUGAUCCAGGUGUAAAUAUUUUAGAUGUUUCAAUGUUCAAAGGAGAAAAGGGAGAUCGUGGAGUUGAUGGUACACCAGGUUUAAAAGGAGCUCAGGGUCCUGCUGGUCCCCCUGGUCUUCCGGCGACUAGAUCUGAACCCAUUCAGUACGUACCUGGGCCUCCUGGACCACCAGGUCCUCCUGGAUCUCCGGGGAUCCCUGGUAUAUCAAUAGUUGGUCCGAAAGGCGAACCCGGUGUCAAUUACAUUGAAGAACCAGUUCAUGGAAGUACAAAGUUUUACGGUAGACCAGCUUACCCUGGAACCGAAUCGAGAUCGCAUUAUGAGGAACCGAACACAAACAGAAACGUGCCUGGUGCAGCUGUAUUUUCAACAACGGAAGAAAUGAUGAGACUGGCAUCAUCAAGUCCCGUGGGAGCAUUGGCUUAUGUUAUUGAAGAACAAGCCCUUUUCGUAAAAGUUAACUCUGGCUGGCAGUAUGUUUUGUUAGGGUCGCUCGUCACUCGAUCCGCGCCCGUGACCACAACCGUGGCUCCUCAAACACCACCCAUGCUUGCAGCGAGCUUAGUCCACAUGCCGCAGAUAUCAAACUUAGUUGAAAACUCGCCACCGUUAACACCCGUGGGACCUACUCUCCGCUUAGCCGCUUUAAAUGAACCACUAUCUGGGAAUAUGCAUGGAGUACGACGAGCUGAUUAUGCUUGCUACAGACAAGCGAGGCGAAUUGGUUUAAAAGGCACAUUUAGAGCUUUCCUUACUAGCAGAAUUCAAAACCUCGACUCAACAGUUCGAUAUUCGGACAGACAUUUGCCCGUUGUUAAUAUUCAAGGAGACAUACUAUUUAAGUCUUUCUCGGACAUUUUUGAUGGUAACGGCGGUGUUAUGGUCGGUCCGCCCAAGAUAUAUAGCUUCAGUGGCAAAAAUAUAAUGAUGGACGCACACUGGUCACAAAAGCUGAUAUGGCACGGAUCACACGCGAGCGGCGAGCGCGCUCUCGAUAACUUUUGCGAGGAAUGGCAGAAUGGCGAUCCUACUAGCAGAGGAAUGGCUGCCUCCCUUUAUUCCCACAAACUUCUAUCACAGGAGAGAUACUCCUGCAAUAAUCACUUUGCGGUGCUCUGUAUAGAAGCAACCUCACAAAUGAACGUACGAAGGAGAAGAGACACUUCCAGGUAUAAUUUAACGUCACUCUUGGACGACGAAGAUUACCUCUAUAAUGCUGAAGAGUAUCAACAACUACUUAAUGAGAUAUUUGCUCAACCUUUUAGAGAAAAUUAGUAUGAUUUAUAACAUUUUAUUUAAUACUAAGCCAACCAGUAUCGCGAGUGUCCCCACACAAAUAAAAUACAAUAUUGUAUAAUAAUAUAACAAUUAUUUAUUAAUUCAUUCAAACGGAUUCGUCUUGCUUCGUUAUGUCAUAAAUAUCAUUUUUUUUUUAUUAUUAUUAUGACAUUUUUUAUCACAUUAUUGUUAUGUAUUUUACUACAAAUACAGUAUAAAUUGAAUAUGUCAUCGGCUUAAUGUAAAAAUAUAAUUAAAAGAAUAAAAAUAGAAAAACUAUUUAAAAAGUACCGUCAUUAGCUACACGUACAUUAGCUUAUAAACAUAUGUUCCAGUAAAUGUGUCUGUCACCGUAAGAUUACAGACAUCAUUAGAUUACCUUUAUAAAAUGUACACGAUUAAAACAUUA